UCACCCUCCCCCCCACCCCCCUCAAAAAACCAAAACCCGUCGACCCCCCGAUCGACAUCUUACCCCUCGCCGAUCGAUCCCCCCGUCCCCGAUGGGCAGCAACGGAAGGGAUAAAUCGCUCCGGGGCGGUCGGAGGGCUCGCCGCGCUGCUAAGCACCCGCUGGAGUCCGCCCCCCCAGAGGCCCCUUGCGCCCCGGCAGCCGCCCCUUCCUUCCCUGUCCACCCCGCAGCUUCCGCGGCCGAUCCUGACCCCGGCCUCGCCGGCUCGAAUUCUAGUCCUAUCCCUGCCCCCGCCGGCUACGACGAUGCCGGAUGGGGCUACUGCACGGAGGAGCAGCUGGAGGAGAUCCUCCUUAAGAACCUUGAUUUCAUCUACAAGGAGGCGCUCUCGCGGCUCGUCUCUCUGGGUUACGAUGAGGAGACGGCGCUCCGUGCCAUCCUCUGCAGCGGCCACUGCUACGGAUCGAUGGAUGUGCUCUCCAAUAUCCUCCACAACGCCCUCGCUCAUCUCAAGUCUCCGCUGCCUCAGUCGGCGGCCGUGAGAGCUGCAGCUCCCCAACAGGAUUCCUCCGCCGUGCCUGGCAACGGAUUCACCGACCUUCGCCACCUCCAGGAGUACUCCCUCGCCGGGAUGGUCUGCCUUCUUCAGCAAGUGCGCCCCACUCUCACUCGUGGCGGUGCGAUGUGGUGCCUCCUGAUGAGCGAGCUGCACGUGGGCCGCGCCAGCACCAUUGAGAUACCGCCGCUGCCACCGUCCGCCGCCACCUAUCCUGCCCCUACCCUAGCCCCGCUCGGAGUCCCUGCCGCCGCCCCAGCCACCGCUGGCGGUGAUGCCGGCGAGUUUACUCAAACUGCUAGUCUUUGCAAGUUUCAUGACGCGGCCGCCACUGCAGCCGCCACCACCGGCGUCAGUGAUGUUGCUGAUCCCAGGUGCUACGAUCUCCUGCAUUCUCUGAAGUCCACCCUGAGGCAGAAUGCCUGCACGUUUCCUCCUGGUUCUGGUUUUCGCCCAUUCAUAAAGCCAUCUCCACAGCCAGAGACCUCCGAUUUGGCUACGGGGCAGCAACAACCGAAGGAGGUCAAUGCUGUUGCUUCUGCGGCUAGAGUGGAGAAUGACUCCCCAGACAUUGGUGUCGUUGAUUCUGUGCUGAAGGCAUUGGAAAGCAUGAGUCUAGAUGACAAUGGCACUGAGGAUCCCAAGAAAGAGAUGAUAUUGGAUGUCAUUCGCCAAAUUCGGGAGCUAGAGUCCCAGGUGAAGGAGCGCAAGGAGUGGGCUCAACAGAAGGCACUGCAGGCUGCUCGCAAGCUGAGCAAUGACCUCACAGAGCUGAGGUUGCUGAGGAUGGAAAGGGAGGAAAACCAGCGCUUGAAGAAGGGGAAGCAGGCAUUGGAGGACACAACCAUGAAGCGACUAACUGAGAUGGAAAAUGCAUUGAAGAAGGUAAGUGGGCAGGUGGACCGAGCAAAUGCUGUAGUCCGGCGGCUGGAGACAGAAAAUGCAGAGAUAAGAGCUGAAAUAGAGGCAUCAAAACUGAGUGCAUCAGAGUCUUCAAGGACAUGUACGGAGGUGACGAGGAGGGAGAAGAAAUGCCUUAAAAAGCUGGUGGCCUGGGAGAAACAGAGGGAGAAGAUGCAGGAGGAAAUUGCUGAGGAGAAGAAGAAGAUCAGGCUGAUGCAACAGGAGUUGGAUGAAGUCAAGGCUGCAACAAAGGAAUACGAGAUGAAGUGGAAACAAGAAAUAAAGGCCAAGGAAGAAGCCAUUGCACUGGCUGAGGAGGAGCGUAGACUCAAAGAAGCAGCUAAAGUAAAUGCCAACAGAAGACAUGAGGCACUUCGGCGAAAAAGAGAAAUAGAUUUUCAACGCCUCAAGGAUGAUGUUCAGAGGCUUGACGAAGAACUUGCUCGUCUCAAGGCAUCUGCAGGAUCAAAUUCACUGAUUGCUCCAUCAGCGAAUGCUUCGAGGACAGCAGAUGCAGCAGAUAUUAAGAAUCUUAAAGAACCCAACAUGAAGGCACUCACUGGGCUCAAGAAACAACAAGAGUCUUCCAACAAACUGAAUCGCAGCAGAGCAUGCAUCAUCUGCAAGAAGGAUGAGGUCUCAGUUGUCUUCCUACCAUGUUCUCAUCAGGUUGUGUGCGGAAGUUGCAAUGAGGAGCAUGAGAAGGAGGGCAAAUCUAGUUGCCCCUGUUGCAGUGUCAGAAUUGAGGAGAGGAUACGGGUUUAUGGUGCCAGCUCUUAGAUACAUGCUUAUGCUGUCGAUCAUAGCAUUUGCAUUUGCAGAUAGGCCGUGGUUAAGCAGUUGUGCCUAUUGCAUGCUGAAUAAAUCCUAAACUUUGGCAAUUGAAGCUGAAUGAGGAACUGUUGCAAUAUGUGAGGCAGUUUUCUUUUGGGUGUUCAUUGGUCUAUAUCUUGUUUAGAUAAGGCUGGUACAUCUUAAUAAUGUUGAAUGCUGCUUAUCAGAUCCUGCAAAGUGGUGAGAUGUGUUGUGUCAUGUCACUAUGAUCUCUUGUAACUGAAGCUCUCGAGUUGCAUUGAUGUGCCAUUGAAGGUAUUCUGAAUGUGUUCUCUACAAGCUCGAAGUACUAAACUUGAGAUUUAA